AUGAACAGGGAUCGAAAGGCCGCGGCAAAUAAGGGGCCUCCCAACAAGAGAACAUAUGUCAAUUCGGAGACGGGGAGGAAAGUGAAUGACUACAUUCCGAAAUUCAUUUCAAGCACGCCGUGGUACUACGAGAAUGAAGCAUUGAAGGUCGAUUCCCAGAGUAGAAAGAGGAAGAGCGACGAUGAAAUGUACCGUCUAAUAGCCGACAAGAGUGUCGAUCGAUUGAAGCAUCAAAGACUCGAUCCAGAAGGUAAAGUUGUUCCUUAUAAUGAAGCCAAGAGCGGUUCGGACAUUGUUGAUGAGUUUGUGGCUAUAUGUGAUGACGAUGGCGAGGAUCAAGUGGAUCGUUGUAGCGAUGGUAUUGCUAAUGAUAAGACUGAUGAUAAUGAUAAUAAUGAUAACAAAAACAAAAGCCGAAAAGAAGACACGUCUUCAUUGAGAAGGAAAGUCCGAGAGUGGAAAAAGAAGGGUAGAUGUGGAAACUGCGGGGGUAAGCAUCAGAAGUCUGAAUGUUUUGAGAAACCUCACUCAAUUUCAUAUAUUUACCGUAACGAUGGAGAUAACAAUAGGCAGGACAAGAGGGGGGUCACUUAUGUUAAAAAGGAAGCUAAAGAUUGGGAUGAGGUGAAGGACAGAUGGCGUGGGGUCGAUAUCAAUGAAGAGUAUGGAGAAAUUGUUGAUAACUUGAAGAAAAAAGAGGAAAGGCUUUUAUCGAAAUUUGUCGAAGAUAACCAAGAUGCAGAUAGAAACGAUAAGGACACAAUUGUCAAGGCCAUAAUGAAAGAUAACCCUUUGGCAUUGGAUCCCAACGAUAAAAUCAUAACAAGGUCGUUAGAGGAUAAGCCUAGAUAUUUGGAAGUCAUCAAGACCGGAGAAGAAUUGAGGUAUAAUCCUAAAUCUAGAGUUUAUAAGGAUCUAAAGGAAGGUUAUCUCAAUGAGAGGGGGCAAUUUGUGCGGUACCUUACCGGUGAGGCGGCGGAGUUUGAGAAACUGAAAAAGUUUGCCAAAAGUGUACAAUCGGAACAGCAAAAGAAAUGGCGACAGGAUUCUGAAAACACUGAGAAAGUUGUAAAUCCCGAGUAUGCUACAGAAAUUUCUCCUACCGCAGCCAUGUUGAAGAUGAAGGAAAAAGAGGAAAAAGAUAAACUCGUAAAGAAGGCAAAAAAGAAAGCAUUGUUAGAAAAAUAUGGAGCUUUAUAG